AACAUUGCGUUUUCUAUUUUCAACAUUCCCAUUUUAUUUUCCCUCUCUUUUGAACUCUGCAAUUCUCUCUCAAGCUCCAACACAAAUGAAGAAGGUUGUUCUGAAGUUGGAUUUGCACGAUGACAAAGCCAAGCAAAAGGCUUUAAAGACGGUCUCAACUCUUUCAGGAAUUGAUUCCAUUGCCAUGGACAUGAUGGCAAAGAAGUUGACAGUGAUUGGAACAGUGGAUCCAGUAAACGUGGUGAGCAAAUUACGCAAGUACUGGCCAACUGACAUCGUAUCAGUAGGGCCAGCAAAGGAACCAGAGAAGGAAGAGGAACCAAAGAAGGAAGAACCCAAGAAAGUGGAGGAACCAAAGAAAGAACCAAAGAAGGAAGAGGAACCAAAGAAAGAAGAGCCUAAGAAGGAAGAGCCAAAGAAAGAAGAACCCAAGAAAGAGGAAGAGGAGAAGAAGCCGGCGCCCGUGCCGCCGCCGGACCCCGUGCCGCCGCCGGACCCCGUUUCGGAGCUUGUCAAGGCCUACAAAGCAUACAAUCCUCAUAUGACAACUUACUACUAUGUUCAAAGCAUGGAAGAGAAUCCAAAUGCUUGUGUUAUUUGUUAACAUAUGUCUUUGGGGAGAAAAUGGUAAAGGGAAAGAAAACUUCCUCUAGUUAGUGAUGGAUUUGAAUGUCAUCAAUCAUAAUAGAAGGUAAACCAAAGAAGAGAACUCCUUUGUAUAUAGAUGGUGAUGCCUCGUUAAUCUUUUUUUGUUCAUGUACAAGUAAUAUGUUUUAUAGGGAUUAAAUAAAUGAAAAUUUGGAAUUUGUUUU